AUGGCUACCGCCGGUUACCGUCAUCAUGCUAUAGCAUCACCCUUUGUGACGCAUCCAGAGACAAGUCUUCAUAACGACAAGCCAUUUACUAUUAGGGCUGACGAACGGAGCGAAAUUCGCUUUGGUAAUGACAUACUACCUCACGAGGAGAAUGAAAACGAACACAACCAACAGCAACUGCAACUGCAGCAAUCACAUACCCAGCAACAUAGUCAACAAGACAAGAUACAAGAAGCUGCUCUGGAAUCGGAUGAAAGUCGAAGAAUGUCAAUGCUCAAGCGGGCAGCACCUGAAUCAAGUAGUGAGCUUCUUGAAAAAAAUCAGCUUCAAGAUUCCAAGAAGAUGAAGGUUGAGCCAGAUUAUACGUGGGAUGAUCUAGACACGGAAGAUGCAGAUGAUCCAUUGAUGGUGAGUGAAUACGUGAACGAGAUCUUUGACUACUUGCACGAACUCGAGCUUAAAACUCUACCGGAUGCCAACUAUCUUCAUUGGCAGCGGAAUUUCCGUCCCAAGAUGAGAUCAAUCUUGGUUGACUGGAUGGUGGAGGUGCACCUCAAGUUUAGGCUGCUUCCAGAGACUUUAUAUCUAGCGAUCAACAUUAUGGAUCGGUUUAUGUCUAGAGAAACUGUUCAGGUGGACAGGUUACAGCUUCUUGCGACGGGUUCGCUAUUCAUAGCUGCCAAAUAUGAGGAGGUGUAUUCACCAUCGGUCAAAAAUUAUGCAUACGUAACUGACGGAGGGUUCACGGAGGACGAGAUCUUGCAGGCAGAGCGCUUCAUCUUGGAGAUCUUAAACUUUGACAUGAGUUACCCAAACCCUAUGAACUUCCUGAGAAGAAUAUCCAAAGCUGAUGACUACGACGUGCAGGCUAGAACCAUUGGGAAGUAUCUUUUAGAGAUAACGGCCGUUGACCACAAAUUUAUAGGGUAUCUACCGUCACUCUGUGCCGGCGCUGCUAUGUACAUUGCUCGAAAAAUGUUAGGCAAGUUUGACUGGAACGGGAACUUGAUUCAUUACAGUGGAGGUUACAAAGAGAGCGACUUGAAGGAGAUCUGCGAGAUGCUGAUGGAUUAUUUGAUUAGCCCCAUUAUCCACGAGGAGUUUUUCAAGAAGUAUGCUUCUCGAAGAUUCAUGAAGGUGUCCAUACUAGCCCGGCAAUGGGCCAAGAAGGUCACUAGGGAGGAAAAGAAUAUCAUGGACCCGGUGAUAUAG